AUGCCGGAAGACAGAAGGGGAAGUACUCGAGUCACUCAAGAGUCACUGGCCAAUGACGACCUCCAGGCGGAAGAAGAGGCGGGUUCUUCCGGGUGCUGUGCUGCAGCUUCGUGCAGGCUGGUGAAUAUGGGGCCAUUUGUAUUCUUCUACAUGCAGAUACAGUUUAACGAGCAAGAUUUGUUGAAGGAUGCAGUGACCUAUGAUGAUGUGCAUGUGAACUUUACUCAGGAAGAGUGGGCUUUGCUGGAUCCUUCCCAGAAGACUCUCUACAAAGAUGUGAUGCUGGAGACCUACAGAAACCUCACUGCUAUAGGCUACAACUGGAAAGACCAUGAUAUUGAAGAACAUUUUCAAAGUUCUAAAAGACAUGAAAGGCAUGAAAGAACUCAUAGUGGAGAGAAGCCCUAUAAAUGUAAGCGAUGUGGUAAAGCCUUCGCACGUUACAGUCAUCUUCAAGGGCAUGAAAGAAUACACACUGGAGAGAAACCUUACAAAUGUAGUCAUUGUGGUAAAGCCUUUGCAUAUCCCAGUGCUAUUACAAGGCAUGAAAGAAUUCAUACUGGAGAGAAACCUUACAAAUGUAAUCAUUGUGGUAAAGCUUUUGCAUAUCCCAGUGAUAUUAAAAGGCAUAGAAGAAUUCAUACUAUAUAA